GUGAACACCGGUAUCGCAACCAUGCCUGAACCAGCAGUGAAAGCAGCGAAGAAGGGCUCCAAGAAGGCGGUGACCAAGACCGCCGGCAAGAAGGACAAGAAGAGGAGAAAGACCAGGAAGGAGAGCUACGCCAUCUACGUGUACAAGGUGAUGAAGCAGGUCCACCCCGACACCGGCAUCUCCUCCAAGGCCAUGGGCAUCAUGAACUCGUUCGUGAGCGACAUCUUCGAGCGCAUCGCCGGCGAGGCCUCCCGCCUGGCUCAUUACAACAAGCGGUCUACCAUCACCUCUCGCGAGAUCCAGACCGCCGUGAGGCUGCUGCUGCCCGGGGAGCUGGCCAAGCACGCCGUGUCCGAGGGCACCAAGGCCGUCACCAAGUACACCAGCUCCAAGUAGACCGGCUCCAAGUAGACCGUCCCGCCGCCUUAGUCCCACCAAACCAACGGCUCUUUUAAGAGCCACACACUGCUCCUUUAAGAGCAAAGUUCCAUCUAAUUAGG